CGUCGCGUUUCCUGGAGCCGGGUCGGAAGUGGCGCGUAGAUAUCCCAGCGUUCCUCGCGCCGCCUCUUUCUUUUUCCGGCCGGCCAUUUGCUGCCGCGGGAGGGAUAUAAGCAGCCAUGGCACCCAGCCGGAAUGGCAUGAUCUUAAAGCCCCAUUUCCACAAAGACUGGCAAAGACGAGUAGCUACAUGGUUCAACCAGCCUGCCAGGAAGAUCCGCAGGAGGAAGGCCCGGCAAGCAAAGGCCCGCCGUAUUGCUCCUCGUCCGGUAUCUGGACCAAUCCGACCAAUUGUCAGAUGCCCCACCGUGCGAUACCACACGAAAGUCCGCGCUGGUCGGGGAUUCAGUUUAGAGGAGCUGAGAAUGGCUGGCAUUCACAAGAAGUUUGCCCGGACCAUUGGCAUCUCGGUGGACCCCAGGAGGCGGAACAAAUCUACGGAAGCCCUGCAGGCCAACGUGCAGCGGCUGAAGGAGUAUCGCUCCAAGCUCAUCCUCUUUCCCCGGAAACCUUCUGCCCCCAAGAAAGGGGACAGCUCAGCAGAAGAGCUCAAAAUGGCCACGCAGCUCUCUGGACCAGUUAUGCCCAUCAAGAACGUCUACAAAAAAGAGAAGGCCCGUGUUAUCUCCGAGGAAGAGAAGAACUUCAAGGCCUUUGCCAGCUUGCGCAUGGCCCGGGCAAAUGCCCGGCUCUUUGGCAUCCGGGCUAAACGAGCAAAGGAAGCAGCUGAGCAAGACGUGGAGAAGAAGAAAUAAACUGUUGGCUCUCUCAAUAAAGGAAGAUAGAAUUGGA